AUGAAGUCCUACAGCCCAGCUUUGUAUACAAAUUCCCUUCAAUCCAAGCCCCAAGACGAUUUGAAUUCCAGCUUGCGUGGAAUUCAAGCCAACCUCGGCCCUGAAUUUGGCGUCCUCUCUAAAAGCCCCCUUUCUCAAUGGAAUUGCAUGUCAGAGCAAAAUCAAGAUCUCUGGCUGAAAUCUACAUCGUCGGUCCCUCGCCUUCUAAAUGGCUCCCACUGCUGGCGUGUUCGAGCUCCUCUGGCUCGCGUGCUUUUCAUGGACACUAUACAGGAAAUAUCAACCGUAACGUCAACGACUCAGAUGAGCUCCGAGUCUCGAUUUCGGGCUAAUUUCCAAGGCGAAGUGGAUGAGAAACUUGACCCUUAUGUUGUCCUCUCGCAGCUUAUUGAUCCUGAUAUGAAUGAAACUGCAUUUCUCACUGGUCUACGAUUGCCGUCAAUAGACCAUUUCGGGUUCCGCUCACCGUGUGAGAUCUCCACUACUAUAGAGCCAUUCGAUGAGACGAACAAUAAAGUGAAUUUGACCCCAAAAUACUCUUUUGUGGACUUGCAUAUCGGUAUGUCAAUAUUGCAGAUAGCACCCACCAAUCACUCUACUGAUUCUUGA